AUGCCGCCCUCGAUCCCACUCACAGGGCCACUCGCAAGUGGGUUUGAACCAUUCUUUCCCACGUGUACGGCUCGGUCUAAUCACCCUUCCAUCCAAGCUUCCACAUUUGCUCCAAGAAUGCCAAUUAGUCUUACUUUUUGGGCCCCAUUUCAACCAAUCGCAACUUUUGAAACCGGUUCGCACCCCAAUUCAAACUUCGCGAUUAUUUCCCAAAAGGGUUAUCAUCUUUUUUGA